GACUUGGUCCAGUUCUGGUGCCUCCUGAAUUCAUGAACAGUGAUCGUAUUUUGCCCCCACAGCAUGUCAUCCUCUGUGCCAUCUGUGGUGUUUGUGGGGAAACAUUUUUUGAAUUCCAAGAGUUGUGGUUCCGCAGCGUGGCCUCUCGCCCACCUGAUGCCAUAGCUUUCCUAUGGCGUCAGGUGGCAAUCAAAACAAAGUGAGCUCAAACUACGUAGAAACAACGGUAAUAGGCACAUUUUGUCAUGCCCCUGGCAUCCUCCCCAGGCUGGGCGUGGUCAGCCAAUUCGUCGGCACGCACCUGCACCCCUUUUCGGCUGAUUACACCCGGAACUUAUAGGACACGGGGGACAACUAGUCCUCCACCAGAUCGUUGAUUCCCAUGCCUCGUUCCCGCACUCCCGUAUACCUGACCUACCAUUUACCGACCCUCGCCUGUUCCCUGACCAUCCUAAUAAGCCUGCCUCUUCUGAUACUGCUGCUUUUCCUGACCGACUCGCUGAUCAUUGACCACGGACCGAAUAAAGGCUUUCUGUACACUACCUGUUUGCCUCUGGAGUCGUGCAUUUGGAUCCGCACUCGAGCCUCGUCUGUGAAAAAACAAUCUGGCAACAACAUGGACCCAGCCGACUCCGAAGCCAUCCGCCGAUCAUUACAGUUCCAGAGCAUACGCCUGGCUGAGCGGGAGGCUGCUCUCCCGGUAACGAAUCAACAUCUCCAUGAGAUCUGUGCCCGGCUGGAGUCGUGGCUAGCAUCCCAAGCUAACGCGGCUGCUACGCCGACAAUGGUCACUCCGCCUGUCGCUCCGAGUCCACCCGUUCCGCCUGUUACGGAGUGCUUCCAUGCCAGCAUAACUCCGCUCUCCCGACCGGAAUGUUUCUCAGGCGACUCAGGGAAGGUCAACCCCUUCCUUGCGCAGUGCAACCCCCAUUUCGAACUGCAGGCUUCCGCUUUCCCCACGGACCGCUCCCGGAUCGCCUUUGUCAUUUCCCACAUGACGGGGAGGGCGGAGGUGUGGGCCACUGCAGAGUGGAUUCGCAACAUGGACGACGUUCGUCUGUGCGCUCACGCAAGUAUUCCAGUACGCAGCUCCGGAACGCAAGGCGGCAGUCUCACUCAUGACAAUUCGCCAAGGCCGUUGCUGCGUGUCGGACUACGCUAUCGAAUUUUGGAUCCGUGCCGCACAGAGCCGGUGGAACGAGGAGGCUCUCCAUGACGCUUACUACCAGGGACUUUCCCCAGGAAUCCAUGGCCACGUCAUUGCUGUGGAUCUUCCGCCUUCGCUGGACGCCCUCAUCCCACUGGCCCUCAAGGUGGAUCAGUGCUUGGCCAUGCAGGGGCAGAUGGACGGCAUGACCGAGGAGGAGACGGAGAGGCUAAGCCCCAUCGCUUCCCAGCCGCCCACGCUGCUUACUACGUCAGAACCCAUGUAAGAGGAGGGGCUCAGUAGCUCAGCGGAGAAGCGUUUUCACCACCAACAAGAAGGACGUUGUUUCUACUGUGGUCGUCUUGGACACUUAAUCGCCCACUGCCAGGUUCGACCGAAGCGCUCCGACCUUAGCAUCUCUACACUGGUGAGUGAGCGGUAUACUGUCGCUGAGUCAGGGCGGUCACUUUUGCACCUCAUCGUUGGAACGGACUCUCACUCAUGCCUAGUGACCGCGUUCAUUGACUCCGGUUCAGACGCUAACCUAAUAAAUCCCCAUGGGGUCGAAGAGUUGCGUGCGGCGACCUUACCCACACAGCGUCUUCGUAUUGCUUACGCAACGGCAAGUUCCUCUGCCGGGUUACACACCGCACACAAACCUUACGUAUGGACUUUCUGGACACGCACACAGAGCGCAUUAGUUUCCACAUUUUAAAUCUAGCAGCAGUAAUCCUGGGGAGCCUGUGGCUCAUGAGACACAACCCCCACAUUGACUGGGUCACGGGUCGGAUAAUGGCAUGGGGUGAGGACUGUGACAAGCAGUGUCUCUGCCACCGCAUCGGCCUCAUGACUGUGCUAUUGAACUCCUCCCAGGCAUCUCACCUCCCAGAGGGAGACUGUUCUCUUUGACAGGACUGGAGCACCAGGCAAUGAGGGAUUACGUCGAGGACUCUCUGGCAACUGGACUCAUUCGCCUGUUGUCCUCACCAGCCAGUGCAGGGUUUUUUUUUCGUUAAGAAGAAGGAUUCCACUUUACGACCCUGCAUCGACUACUGAGGAUUCAAUGACAUCACGGUCAAGAACAAGUACCCCUUGCCCUUAAUCGCUCCAGCAUUUGAACUCCUCCAAGGAGCCCGGAUCUUCACCAAGCUGGAUUUGUGCAGCGCAUAUCAUCUGGUGCGGAUCCGGGAGGGCAACGAAUGGAAGACGGCUUUCAACACUCCCACGGGGCAUUACGAGUAUGUGGUGAUGCCCUUCGGACUGACCAAUGCCCCGGCCGUCUUCCAAAAUUUUAUUAAUGACGUGCUUCGGGAGUUCCUGAACAAAAACGUAUUUGUAUACCUUGACGACAUUCUUAUCUUUUCAGCAGACCUGACAUCGAAUAUCAUAUCGAAAUGUAUAUGUGUACCUUUUUUUAACGACUUAUGUACCUGUAUACAAUGAUACAAUGUGAUUGUAUUUUUUAUUUUUCAUCCAUACCUAAAUUUAAUGCGCUCUAUUAACUUUCUGAAAAUAUUUGGGGAAAAUUUUACGCAUUAUUCUCGAGAAAUUACGGUAUGUUGAGAUGCAACGGAAGGUAAAGGUCGAGGUGCCAAAGGCUAAACAAGAGGCUUAUGGCAACAAGUACACCAGGUUGGACACAAAAGAAGGAGAAAAAGAUCUCGACAGGUUGGGCAGACAGAGGGAUAGAGAUGGGAAGGAUGUGGAGCAGGUAAGGGUGAUUAAGGACAGAGAUGGAAAUGUGUUGACUGGUGCCAGUAGUGUGUUGAAUAGAUGGAAAGAAUACUUUGAGAAGCAAAUCAAUGAAGAAAAUGAGAGAGAAGGAAGAGGUUGAAGAGCUAAGUGGCGGGAAGUGGCAAUGGUUAGCAAUGGGGAAGGUCGAAAGACACUACAAAGGAUGAAAAAUGAAAAUAUCCUCAUGACAUACUGGUGGAAGUAUGGGAGCAAUUUGGAGAGGUGACUGUGAGCAAUUUGGAGAGGUUACUGUGGAGUUUCUGACCAACUUAAUGAACAGAAUACUAGCAGAUGAGAAGAUCCCUGAAGAAUGGAUGAAACGUGUGCUAGUUCCCAUUUUUAAGAACAAAGAUGACUUGCUGUGGCAACUAUAGAGGAAUAAAUUUGAUGAGCCACACAAUUAAGUUAUGGGAAAGAGUAGUGGAGGCUCCAGUCAGGACAGAACUACGUAUCUACGAGCAACAGUAUGGUUUCAUGCCUAGAAAGAGUACCACAAAUGCACGAUUUCCCUUGGGAAUGCUAAGUGAAAAGUACAGAGAAGGCCAGAAGGAGCUACAUUGUGUCUUUGUGGCUCUAGAAAAAGCCCAUGACAGAGUACCAAGAGAGGAACUGUAGUACUGCAUGCAAAGUCUGGUGUGGCAGAGAAAUAUGUUAGAAUACUACAGGACAUGUAUGAGAACAGUGGUAAGGUGUGCCGUAGGCAUAACAGAAGAAUUUAAGGUGAAGGUGGGAUUGCACCAGCGAUGAGCUCUGAGCCCUUCCUCUUCACUGUGGUAAUGGAUGGGCUGACAGAUGAAGUUAGACUGGAAUCCCCUUGGACCAUGAUAUUCGCAGGUGAUAUCCUGAUAUGCAGUGAAAGCAGGGGGCAGGUGGAGGAACAAUUAGAAAGAUGGAGGCACGCACUGGAAAGGAGAGGAAUGAAGAUUAGCUGAAGUAAAACAGAAUAAAUAUGCGUGAAUGAGAGGGGUGGAGGAGGAAGGGUGAAGCUCCAGGGAGAAGAUAUAGCGAGGUUGGACAAAUUCAAAUACUUGGGGUCAACAAUCCAAAGCAAUGGUGAGCGUGGUAAGGAAGUGAAGAAACGGGUCCAAGCAGGUUGGAACAGCUGGUGGAAGGUGUCUGGUGUGUUAUGUGACAGAAAGUCUCUGCUAGGAUGAAGGGCAAAGUUUAUAAAACAGUGGUGACGCCGGCCAUGAUGUAUGGAUUCGAGACAGUGGCACUGAAGAGACAACAGGAAGCAGAAAUGAGGUGGCAGAAAUUGAACUGAAGAAAUAGAAAGAUGUUGAGGUUCUUGCUUGGAGUGCGCAGGUUGGAUGGAGCUAAUUAGAAGGACAGCCAAAGUUGGAUGUUUUGGAGACAAGGUUCGAGAGAGCAGACUUCAAUAGUUUGGAGAUGUCCAGAAGCGAGAGAGUGAGUAUAUUGGUAGAAGGGUGCUGAAGAUGGAGCUUCCAGGCAAAUGAGCAAGACCAAGACCAAAGAAAAGGUUGUGAGAGAAGACAUGAGGACAGUCGGUGUUAGAGAGGAAGAUGCAUGAGAUAGGCUUAGUUGGAAAAAAAAUGACAUGCUGUGGCAACCCCUAAUGGGACAAGCCGAAAGGAAAAGAAGAAGGGUCUGGAAAGGGUUACAAAAGACAUUUCUAAAGCUUUGGAAUUCCAGCAAACCAUCGGGAAAGCCUCACAUGGAGAAAACAUGGAACAGUGAAGGACUUAAAUGAGUGCGUGAGACUGUGGAACAGUCACAGGAUUCGCCCUUCCAGAACAGCUUCCUGUAUAGGAGGCAUCCCCAAUGAACUUUCCUACCUACCUCACAGG